UAAACCACCAUGCAAAAACUUGUAUAAUCAAUCUCAAAUGGGGAAGCCAACCACCACCGCCACCGCCGCAGAGCCACCUUCCAUCACCCAUUUCAGCCACCCACACCCCCUCCACCUCUCCAACAACCCCCCAACCCCACACUGCUCCGCCUGCAACCUCCCCACCGCCGCGGCAGCCGCAACCUACGUCUGCAUAAUUAGCAACUGCAGCUUUGGGCUCCACCCGAAAUGCAGCCAGCUCCCGCACCAAAUCACGCACCCCUUCGACCACCAGCACGCCCUCACCCUCUACCCGAAGCCCGUCUACCCCGAGGGCCUCUUCAACUGCGACGCCUGCGGCAACCACGGCGACGCCUUCUCCUACCACUGCAGCCCCUGCGGCGUUGAUCUCCACACCACCUGCGCUUCCCUCCCGCUCAGCCUCACCCACCGCCUCCACAACCACGCCCUCGCCCUCACCUUCUCCGCGCCCUACCAGGGAAACUCCUUCUCCUGCGAUGUAUGCAAGAAGCUUGGGUCUAAGACGUGGCUCUACCGCUGCGCCGCCUGCGAAUUCGACGUCCAUUUGACCUGCGUCGCCGCGGUCGUUCCUCCGCCUGUGCAGCGGCCGAGGUCGUUCGUUCCAGCGGCGCAGAAUCGGCCGAAUAAUCAAGGAGGCGUGGUGGCGGGGCAGCCGGUUUAUGGAGGGGUGAGGCCGGUGAAUACGCUGGGGAAUCAAGUCUUGCUUGCGGCGGUGGAAGGCGUAGCCGGAGGCAUUGCUCAGACGGCGACGGGAGUUCUUUUUCAGGAAGUGUUUGGUGUAGGCGGUGGCGGUGGCGGAGGGGCAGGAGGUAAUGGCUUUUGUGUGGAUGUUUUGGGGAUGGACGGUGGAGCAGGUGUUGACGGAGCGGCGGCGGCGGAAGGAGGAUAUAGUGGUGGAGAUGGAACAUACUAGCUUUAUCACUUAACUAUUUGUAUCGGAUUAUCAUGAUUUGGAGAAGUUCUUUGAAGGCGUUUUUUUUUUUUUUUUUCUCUUAUCAUUUUAUAUUUUUAGUAUUUUUAAUGUGUUUUUUAUUAGUACUAGUUUAAUUUCCAAGAAUAGUGAAUCGUUUGUUUAAAAGGGUUGGCA